AUGAGCGUGAUUUCGCGAAACAUUUGGCCUGUUUGCGGCAGUUUGUGUUGCUUUUGUCCUGCAUUGCGUGAGAGAUCCCGGCAUCCGAUCAAACGUUACAAAAAAUUGUUAGCCGAUAUCUUUCCUCGCACGCAGGAAGAAGAACCUAAUGAUCGUAAGAUCAGCAAACUAUGCGAGUAUGCAUCCAAAAAUCCUCUUCGUGUUCCUAAGAUAACCAGCUAUCUUGAGCAAAGGUGUUAUAAGGAAUUGAGGAGUGAGAAUUAUCAAGCUGUGAAAGUUGUGAUUUGUAUUUAUAGAAAGUUGCUGGUUUCUUGUAGAGAUCAAAUGCCUUUGUUUGCAAGUAGCUUGCUUAGCAUCAUACAAAUUCUUCUCGAUCAAACACGGCACGACGAAGUGCAGAUUUUAGGAUGCCAGACCUUGUUUGACUUUGUGAACAAUCAGAGGGAUGGUACUUAUAUGUUUAAUUUAGAUGGGUUCAUUUUAAAACUGUGCCAUCUAGCUCAACAAAUGGGAGAUGAUGCAAAAAUAGAGCAUUUGAGAGCUUCUGGGCUUCAAGUCCUUUCGGCAAUGGUUUGGUUCAUGGGUGAGUUCACUCAUAUUUCAGUUGAAUUUGACAAUGUUGUUUCGGUUGUUUUGGAAAACUAUGGGGAUAUCAAGCAAGAUUCUCAAAAUGAGAAUUCCACUAGGCUUUAUUCAUGGAAAGUGGUAGUGAAUGCCAAAGGAGAAGUCAAUGUGCCUAUGGAAGAUGCUGUGAAUCCUGGAUUUUGGUCGCGAGUUUGCAUACAAAAUAUGGCUAAGUUAGCCAAGGAAGGUACCACUGUACGGCGUGUUCUGGAAUCCCUUUUCCGCUAUUUUGAUAAUGCCAAUCUCUGGUCUCCAGAUCACGGGCUUGCUCUAUCUGUCUUGCUAGACAUGCAGUCUAUAAUUGAAAAUGCUGGACAGAAUACACACUUGUUGCUGUCCAUUUUAGUUAAGCACCUUGAUCACAAGAAUGUCUUAAAGAAUCCUAAUAUGCAGCUUGAUAUUGUUGGUGUUAUUACCCAUCUUGCUCAACAAACAAGAGUUCAGCAAUCUGUGGCUAUAAUCGGUGCAUUGAGUGAUAUGAUGAGACACCUGCGAAAAAGCAUACACUGCUCUAUUGAUGAUUCAAACUUAGGGGCUGAAGUAAUACAAUGGAACCAAAAAUACAGAAUGGAAGUAGAUGAAUGCCUUGUACAGCUAACAAUUAAGAUUUCAGACGCAGGCCCUGUUCUUGAUACCAUGGCAGUGUUGUUGGAAAACAUGUCUAAUAUUACAGUUAUGGCCAGAACCUUGAUUGCCGCAGUUUAUAGAACUUCUCAAAUAGUUGCUUCUAUACCCAAUUUGUCAUAUCAGAACAAGGCAUUCCCCGAGGCAUUAUUUCAUCAGUUACUCCUGGCAAUGGUCCAUGCAGACCCUGAAACCAGAGUGGGUGCACACCGCAUAUUUUCUGUUGUUCUUGUGCCAUCGUCAGUUUGUCCUCAACCUUCUUCUUCAAAUCCCCCAAUGCCAAAGUCAACUGAUAUUCAGAGAAUGCUCUCGAGAAAUGUCUCCGUGUUUUCUUCUUCAGCUGCACUCUUUGAGAAAUUGGAGAAGAAGCAACUUUCCUCGGAAGAAGAUAGUCAGUCAGAUAGAAAGAGCAAUGAUGGCUCCGUUCUCAACAGAUUGAAGUCAAGUUAUAGUCGGACCAGUUCAAGAAAAUUGGCUAAUAACCCUUCUAUGAUGAAUAGAUUGAAGUCAAGUUACAGCCGGGUAACUAGUGUGAAGAGGCCUCAAUUGUCUGUACCUGUUGAAGAAAAUGCUCUAAAUAGUUCCGAUAACCAACAGGUAUUGCCGAUUAGGCUGAGUACUCAUCAGAUUACCCUUUUACUAUCAUCAAUCUGGGUCCAGUCCAUCUAUCCCCUGAAUACACCUGAAAAUUUUGAAGCAAUUGCUCAUACCUACUGCCUUGUCCUGCUAGUUGCUCGGAGUAAGAAUUCUUCUCAUGAGGCUCUAGUUCAAAGUUUCCAGUUGGCAUUUUCCUUGAGGAGCAUUUCUCUCAAUAAAAACGUUAAACUGCAAGCAUCACGCCGCAGGUCUCUCUUUACACUAGCAACAUCCAUGAUUAUCUUCACAUCCAAGGCCUACAACAUCCUCUCUCUCAUAUCUAUCGCCAAAAUGACAUUGACAGAUAAAACUGUUGAUCCUUUCCUUACACUGAUUAAUGAUAGCAAGUUACAAGCUACGGUUGAUACAUCUGACCAGCCAAGUAAAGUUUAUGGAUCAAAAGAGGAUGAUGAAGAGGCUUUGAAGUCACUUUCAUCGAUAAAACUAACUGAAAGCCAGUCAAAUGAAUCAUUUGUUACUAUGAUAGUGCAGAGUCUAGAAGAACUUUCAAAUCAGGAAUCAUCCACGUUAAAAGAACGGCUGCUUAAUAACUUUUCACCAGAUGAUGCUUGUCCAUUGGGAGUCCAGUUAUCUCUUGAUACGACAGGAAAUAUUCACCAGACUGGAUUAAAGGAUGAUAAACACUCUGAUAUGGUUGAUAUUCCAUUAUUUACUAUUGAUGAUGACAUUCCAGCUCGUGGUUUGGAAAGCCAAGCUAAUACUGAUGCACAACAACAGCCUUCAGAAAAUCUAAGCCUAAUUAGUGUUGAUGACAUUUUGGGUUCAGUUCUAGAGACAACACAUCAUGUAGGAAGGAUUUCUGUUUCAACACCUUCUAACAUGCCGUAUAAAGAAAUGGCUCUCCAUUGUGAGGCCCUCCUCGCCGGAAAGCAACAAAAGAUUUCCACUUUCAUGGGUGCCCAUCCAUUACAUGGCUAUUCAUUCAGGAUUCUUACUCCAGAUUUCAACAAUGAAAAGGACGAACCUACAAAUUCCAAUGUUCAAAAGAGUUUACCUUUGGUGAGUGUUAAUCCAUUCUUGGAUUCAAACUUAGGCUCUAAUUCACCCAGCACAUUGCCGGAGACUGCUCCUAGGCUUUGUGCCACAUCAUAUCAGCAACAGGAUGCCUUCUUUCAACUGCCAGUAUCACGCCCUUAUGACAACUUCUUGAAGGCUGCUGGUUGUUGA